CCCGAAUUCGCUAUGCUGAUCGACGGCACGCUCACUAAAAGCGAGGAGAAGUUUGGUGUCAUCAAUCCGUCCAGCGGCGAGGUGUUUGCGCACGCUCCGCACGCGACGCAGGCCCAGGUUGACGAGGCCGUCGCGGCCGCCAAGAAGGCCUUCCGUUCGUGGCAAGCGGUCCCGCUAUCCGAGCGGAAGCUGGCGAUGGCGAAGGUGAAGGAGGCCUACGACCAGCACCGCGACGAGCUGGCCGACCUUCUCGUUCGCGAGCAGGGCAAGCCGCUCGCGAGUGCAAAGGGGGAGGUUGCGGGGGCGGCGGGGCUGAUGAAGAAGGCGAUCGAGCUGACCGUGCCUCCCGAGGUCUACUCUGACACCGCCACGCGCCGGAUCGAGGUGGUGCGCAAGCCGAUCGGCGUCGUCGCGGCCAUCACGCCGUGGAACUUUCCGAUUUUCUGCUCGGUCGCCAAAUUCGCGCCCGCGAUCGUGCUCGGCAACACCGUCGUCUGGAAGCCGUCUCCCUUCACGCCGCUCACCGCGCUGCGUAUGGGCGAGAUCCUGCAGUCGGCUCUGCCGCCCGGCGUGCUCAACGUCGUGACUGGAGACGACAAGCAGCGCUUCAACGUCGGCGCACACCUGACCAGCCACGCCGGCGUGAGCAAGGUCUCUUUCACAGGGUCCGUCCCCACCGGCAAGAAGAUCAUGAGCGCGUGCUCGUCGGACGUCAAGCGUGUCACCCUCGAGAUGGGCGGCAACGACGCGGCGAUCGUGCGCAAGGACGUCGACGUCAAGGCGAUGGCGCCCAAGGUCUUCAGCGGCGCCUUCAACAACUCUGGCCAGAUCUGCUGCGCGGUGAAGCGCUGCUUCGUGCACGAGGACAUCUUCGACGAGUUCAAGGAGGAGCUCGUGCGGUGCGCCGAGAAGGCAACGUUCGGGGACGGCUUCGAGGUUGGCGUCGAGUACGGCCCUCUCAACAACAAGAUGCAGCUGGACAAGGUGAGCGCGCUGGUGGAGGACGCAAGGGCGCAGGGCUGCGAGGUGCUGUGCGGCGGAGGCAGGCGCGAGGGGUCGCGGGGCUUCUUCUACGAGCCCACCAUCGUCUCCAACAUCAAGGAGGGCCGUCGCUGCCCGACACAGGAGCAGUUUGGGCCGGUGAUGCCAAUCACGCCGUACAAGUCCGACGAGGAGGCCGUCGCGCGUGCAAACGACUCGGAGUAUGGGCUCGGCGGCUCGGUGUGGACCAGCGACUUUGCGACUGGCAACGCGCUCGCCUCCAAGCUGCUCGCCGGCACGGUCUGGGUCAACCAGCACACCGACCUGACCGAGGCGCCCUUUGGCGGCUUCAAGCAGUCCGGGCUCGGCCGCGAGUUUGGCAGCUUCAACGUGGCGUCCUUUACGGAGGUGCAGACCCUCUCGCUCGCCAAGCAGGACGUGUAGCGGGCCGGAGGGGCUGCGAGAGGGAGAGGCGAGCAGGGCACUCUGGCGCCAGGCCAAGACCACGCUGGAGCGGCCGUGAAGUUCGGCACCGAAAAGAGCGCGGAAGCUCAGCGUACUCAUUAGCAAAUGCCAAAUCCGCCUCACUCUCACGCUGUCCGAGUCAGGCCGUCCUUCCGCCCUUCCACUUAUUUAAUACAGAAGUGUGGGUCUUGC